AUGGCGACUAUCGAGGAAGAACCGAGUUAUGGCGGCAAGUCUAUUGAAGAAAUAUGGAACGAUUACAACAAUAUGAAACUGGAUUUUGAAGAAUCCCAGUUGUUGAUUCGCGAACUCGAUGAACAAAUUUAUGAAAAGGACCAACAGGUGGAAAGCAUGAUACGAAAGCAAGACGAUAUGCGAGACGAAAUAGAAGAAAUGGAGGAAGAAUUAGCACACAAGGACUUGGAACUCCAGUCAAGCCGGAAACGGGAGAAUGAGGCUAUUCGCAAGAUGAACAAGUAUCGAUCGAAACUGAAGAACUUGAAUGAGGAAGUAACCGAUGAUGAAGUGGAACUUUUUGAUGAGGCAGAAGUUCGCUCACCUCCACCUCCGUCGCCGAGAGAAGAUACCAAGGACGAUAGUGACGACGAAAAUGAGAACUGGAGGUUGCGCCAUGAAUUGAACGAGGCGUUGAUAGUUAUAGAAUCACAGGAACAAGAGCUGGAUGAAAAGAGCCAUCUCAUUCAGAAUUUGAGACAGCAGCAACAGCCUCAAGAUGAUGGUGAUGGAACGACACAGCAGCUGCGGGAUGAUUUGAGUGAAUGCAAACGUUUGAUUGCGGAUCAAGACCAAGAACUCGCUGACCGGGAAGAUGAAAUCGAAUUGCUUGAAGAGAAGCUGGCACAGGCAAUCGCAACCACAAAGGAGGGUGAUAUUGGUUCCAACGAUAAUGUAGCUUCGAUGAAAGAAAGGCUCAGCACUGCCAAAUCGCAGUUGGAGCGAAUGUCACAACGAUCGACCGCCAGGCGGCAGAAAACGGAAAGAAGACCCACAGAAAUAACAUCAUCAGAUCACCAAGGUUCACAAAGUUCACUGUCCUCCAACUCCUCGGAUGGAUCGAAAAUCUCAACUCGCCAAUACGAGCGAUUGAAGGAGCAAGUGUACGACGCCCUCAAGAUCAUCGAGGAUCAAGAACUGGAUCUAGAGUCGAGGGAUGUAAAGAUCCAAGAACUGCAACGGCAGUUGGCGGAUGGUGAUGACGCAGAGAAUCGAUUGACAGCUGAAGAUGGUCGAGAAGGCCAGCCGUCUUUGCAAGAUUACGAGCAACGAUUACAAGAGCGGGAUCUUUCCAUUGAGAUAUUGGAAGGCUCGCUUGAAGAUAUGAAUACAGAAUUAGAAGAUGCCCGCAAGGCAAUCCUAUUCGAGCAAAGAAAAGGCCUAAAGCGAAGCAAUGAUCUGCAGCAGAAAAUUGACGAGAAAGAUGGUGUCAUUCAGACUAUGAUUAAAACAGUUGAGACUCUUCAGAAAGAUAAUAACAAUUUGAAAGCUGAAAAAGCCAAAGCUAAGGCUGAACAUGGAGGAAGACGAUCUAGUAUGGCUAUGAGUACAAAAGGCAGGUUUUCGAUUGCUCCGACGACAGCUGGUUUCUUCCAACGGAUAGCUCGUGGUGGAGGCAAAGACGAUCUGCAAGAGCUGGACAAGAAUGCAGAACAAGUCGACGUCUUGGAAGACCAACUGGCAGUGAAGACGGAUCAAAUUACAUCCAUGGAGGCAGAAUUUUCAUCAUUGAAGAAGCAGCUGGAAGCAGCCCAGGCCAAGAACCGACGCUACAAAAUGCAUGCCCAAAAGCUUGCUGAGGGAGAUGAAGCGAAGCACGAUGGUAACAGCAGCUCAGAACUUUGGACAAUGCAAGAAGAUUAUGACGCACUCCUGGAAGAACUUGACGAAAAGCAAGAAAUCGUUGUCGACUUGGAGGCGAAGCUUGCUGCUGCGAAAGAACAAGAAUCACAAAUGGAAUCAGUGCAGCAAGAAUAUAAAAUGGAGCAGCAAGUCCUUGAGGAACGUCUCAAUCACACGCGAGAUAUUGCGAAUGGUCUAAAAGACGAAUUACAAGAGUCAAGAAAGAAACUUGAAUUGAGAGAACAAGAUGCGGCGGAACUGAACGAAAAACUUCUCACCACGCAAAUGGAGUUAGAAGCCGCCAAUGAAGAAAUUCAGUCCAAUGAAGAAAAUAUUUCUAAAAUGAAAGGUGAAUUGUGGAACAAAAUUGACCGCAGCCCUUCUCUUUCGGUAUCGAAACAGGAAAGUGAUUCGGUGGAGAAGCCAGAAGUUGACCAAGAAGACAAUUCGGAUGACACCACUUUCAAAGCAAUUGCUAACUCUGCAAGUCCUGAUAGACCAUCAUGGAAUCUUCGAGAUCCAUCAUAUGCGCAGGAACCAUCCCAUGCUUCACCUGAUACGGCUUCCUCGGCAUCCAUCGCAGAAGCAUUCAAAAAUGCCGAAGAGUCAUUUGAGAUUGAGUCAGCUGCCCUACAGGCCUUUGCAACUGAGGUAUCCGAGAAAUCACAAGUGAAGAAAAUAAAAGAAUUACAAAGGGAGCUUAAGGGAGCAAAAAGAAAAAUUGAGGAUUUACGAGCGUAUUCUACAGCCCUCGACGAUGAACUGCUGGCAAAGGACGGUGUCAUCAAAGAGCUGCAGACUUCCGAUCUUGCAAUGGGCAAUUACAUUUCGUCGCUUGAAGACAAGGAGCAAGAGAGUCAACAAAAAUUGACAGAGUUGAAGAUAAGCAUCACGAAGCUACAGGCAGAAUUGGACAAAGACCAUGUCGAACAGCAGUUGGGUGGAAUGACAACGGAACCUGUUGCAUCUAUCAAAAUGCAAUCUAAACUGAAAAAAGCCGAGAAUGCACUUGAAGAGGCAACAAACAGCAAUAUCGACUUGGAGGACAAACUUACAGCAAGUGAGAAUACUAUAUCCGAGCUCAACGGUAUGGUAGAUCAAUUAAAACACGAAAUGGGAGGUUCGACUCUAGAAAGAACGGGUGCUCUAGAAGAGACAGCUGUGUUGAAGUCUGAAGUGACAUCCCUCAAAAAAGACUUAUCAAAGGAGACAGCAAAGGUGGAGGAUCUUCAAGGCACGGUCGAGGACCUGCACAAACAACUGUUAGAUGCAGUAUCUGCCAAAGAAGCUGUGAUGGCAAGCAAACUUGCAGAUCGGGAGGAUACCAUAACUGAGCUCAAGAAAAAGGUGGAUCAAUUAGAAGGUGACUUGGCCGAGGCAGCAGAAGCAACAAAAGCUGCUUUGAACAAGUCAGCAGCUGUAAAAUCUGAAUGGCAAAUAGUUCAGGAACGAAAAGAUGCUCUCAAGCGGGAGCUGGACAACCCCCCCUUAGCGUCAACUUAUGGCAAUAUGCCCGAAUUGCUACUGCAGCUACAGGAGGCCCAGGCCGCAAUAGAAGAGACGAAAAACGAAAAUAAAGCCUUGAAGGCCAGGCUAGCCGCUAGAGAAGAUACAGUUGUUGAACUGAAAGACAUGCUUGAUCAAUUGGAAGAUGAUUUGGCAGAUGCCACACAGGAUACGAAUGCAGGUGAAAUUGAGAAGAUUAAAAAGACAAGAGGGAUUAGCCCACUACAGGACAAAAAAGAACAAAGGACGUUUACCAACAAAAUGGGCAGUGAAUCACACUUAAAAGCUGCAAGGAAUGAUUUGGAGGAAGCAAAUAAGGACAGACUCGAAGAAGCGAAGAUGGAGUCCAGCAGUGCCAAUGAAACCGAAUUGCUGCUGCAACAAUCCAAGUUGGAUCUCAAAGAGGCUGCAAAUCAAAAGGCCAAACUUGAGAACAAGCUUUCAGCAAGCGAGGACGCGAUCGAAGAGCUGAAGGAUAUGGUGGACCGCCUGGAGGAGGAUCUGGCGGAUGCUUCGGAGGCCCGAUCAGCUGCGCUGGAGGAGACUUCUGCAUUGAAGGCUGAUUUGGAGAAGGCCCAGGAAGAGAAGGAGGUUACAAAGCAAAUGCUUGAGGAAGCGAAGAUGGAGUCCAGCAGU